AUGCUCGGCAAUCUCCUCUACAUCUCCCUCCUCCUCCUCAAUGCCAUUGCCAUUCUCAACGAGGAGAGGUUCCUCGCUCGCGUCGGAUGGUCACAGACGCCCGCCUCUCACAUCGAGGGCUUCCAGGGCGGCGGCGGCAACAUGAUGCAGCAGCAGCACGAAGGCAUCAAGGGUCGCCUUGUCGGGCUCAUCGGCGCC